AUGCAUGCAACAGAUUCCUCGCAGAGGGAGCAGAAGCCAGAAAUAUCCCGCAAGUACACUGCAGGAUGGCGACGAGUCAUCAGCAAUUUCAGCCCGUCAUGGUUCUCAAUCACCAUGGGCACGGGGAUUGUUGGUAUUUUAUUUCAUCUUCUGCCAUUUGACGUGGUGGCAUUUAACUACCUUGCAAUCAUUUUCUUCAUAUUGAACACCAUCCUCUUCGCGACCGUGUUCGCCAUGUCCGCGCUUCGAUAUAUCCUCUUCCCCGAGAUCUGGACCGUGUUGACCCAGGAUCCAGUCAACUCGCUGUUUCUCGCGACAUGUCCUAUGGGUUUUGCGACCCUGAUUGAACUGUGGUUGCUUAUCUGUGUGCCCAUCUGGGGUGACUGGGCUCGCCUCGUUGCAUGGGCCUUGUGGAUCGUCGAUGCCGUUGCUGCUGCAUCGGUGACGGCUUCGCUUUCGUUUAUUCUGUUUUCUAGAAUAUCUCAAAGCUACGUCACAUCGCUCGAGCGCAUCACAGCCCUCCAGCUUCUUCCCAUCGCCGCCACCAUCGUUGCAGCCGGCGUGGGCGCCGAGAUCGCAGACCUUCUUCCUAACCCAUCCCGUGCCAGGGCGACUUUAGUUGUCUCAUAUAUUCUCUGGGGAAUGGGUAUCCCCAUGGCUAUGAUGAUUCUAGUUAUUUAUUACCAGCGUCUUGCUGUGCAUAAGCUUCCGUCUCGGACGACGAUCGUGAGCUGCUUUCUACCCCUUGGGCCUCUGGGGUUUGGUGGAUUUGGUAUACUCUACCUCGGAAAGGUUGCCCGAAAUCUAAUUGGAGAGUCAAACUCGUUGGAUCCAAUCCUCGGACACAUGGCAUAUGUUUUUGGGCUAUUCAUUUCAUUGCUCAUGUGGUCUUUUGGAUUGAUUUGGUUGGUCUUCGCCCUGGCUACUAUCUAUUAUAGCUCGCCCUUCCCGUUUAAUAUGGGCUGGUGGGGAUUCACGUUCCCGCUGGGUGUGUAUGCGGCGAAUACAAUUCUGCUUGGGACGGAGAUGAACCUCAUGUUCUUUAAAGUUUGUGGGACGGUUCUAAGUGCUGCGGUGGGACUUUUGUGGCUUGUGGUAGCGUGCAGGACCGCGAAAGGAGCCUGGCAUGGGAGUCUAUUCCAUGCACCGUGUUUGCAAAACCUGAAGUCAAAGUCGGAGGACGAUGUCGCAAACCAGAGUCCUUGA